AAGGCGGAAUGGAGGAACUCCACACGUGGAUUGAUUGUCCCAGUCGCUACUGAGGCGCCAUAAAAGACACCAGUUUGCGCGUCUGUACCACCAUUCCUCGAAGGAACAAAAGGCCGACAUUGAAGGACUCCUCUGACGAAGACGAGGCUGUGGGAAGAGACACUUUGUAACGUGCCAUCCGACUAUCAUGGACAUGCAUUCAGCCGCGCCUUUGCGCGCAGGCUGGGGCUCGGGCUGAGCUGCGCAAUCGAACCGCGAAGACAAGCGUGAACGGAAUAAACGCGAGGCGAGGCCGUGCCUCGAAAGCCAUGUCAAUGUUGGUCCGCAGGGGAACCAUGCUGCACCGCAAGGGCAGCCGACGCUCGUCGCAACCCAACCUGCGUCGGGCAAGCAUCGCGGUCACCGGCGCCGGCGCGUACUCGGCGUCCACCUCGUCGCGCCGCCAGUCCAUGGCGGUGCCCGCCUGGUCUCCUGCGGUGGCCGGCAGUGCCUCGUCGUCGUCGCUCAGCCCGCGGCACAGCCUGGCGGCACCCCCGCCGUCUCGCCACCGGGCCAGCCUGACGCCCGUGUCGCCCGUGGCCGGCCCUUCCUCCGACAUGCAGCUGUCGGCACUCGGCGGUUCCUCGGCGGCGACGCGCUGCGUCACCGUGGUCCCCACGGCAGCAGCCGGAGCCCGGUCUCCCAGGGUGUCGCCGAGGCCAUCGCCCAGGGCUUCGCCCCGCAGCUCGCUGUCGGUGCCCGAGAGCGAAGAGCGAAGGCGAUCCAGCUGCACGAUUUCCCUGGACGACCGCAGACGGCUGUACGUGAAGGCCGAGGAAGAGAAGCGGUACACGGCGUACGGCUCCAUCAGCUACCAGAUCCGAGAGGCCAACGAGGAGGCGUCCAACUUCUUCGACUUCAUGGGACGCGCCCUCGCCAUCGUGGGCACGUCGGUGGUGGUGACCGUUCUACUGGCGAUGUUUUCUAUCCUGCCCCUGCUGAUGAUGAUCAUAGGGGUGCAGUACUUGCAGGAGUGCCCCAAGGAGCCCAACAUUCCGCUGUACCUGCUGAUAGGCGGUGCGUUCGGCCUCAUCAAGGUGGGCACGCUGCUCUACCACCAGAUGCGGCGGCGACGCUACGAGCGCCUCGACGACGCCAUGGCCGACGGUGACAUCGACGAGCUCUGGUCAUCCACGUCCACCAAGGUCACCGAGUACGCGCUCACCAUUUUCCUGCUUGUCUGGUUCGGCAUGGGAAACUACUGGGUGCUCCACAUCUACAGGCCCCGUUACGAGCCGCUGCUGCGAGAGCCCAACAACUACUGCGACAAGACCGUGUACACGUUCUCGCUCGUACACCUGCUCGUGUGCUACGGCGUCAUCGGCCUCUGGGUCAUCGAGGUGAUCUGCCUAGCGCUCUGCGUCAGGGUGUUUGGACUGUGGUGCAAGAAGUGAGCGGCGUCACCCGGUCUCAGAUGGACAUACUCGCGUUCCGUGCCUAUUUUAUUGACGAACUCACGUGAUUCCCGAAAAAGGACUGUGUCGCUAUGGGCGUCAACUGCAAGCUUGUAUGACGCUGCUCGAGAACAUCUCUUGACUCAGUGCCGCAAGCCGAGACUCAAGGUCUCCCGCACUGUUCGACAGGAGUGUUUUUCUUUCUUACUCUUUUUUUUUAAGUUGCGAACGUUUCUCUUCGUCAUUUCCUGAUCGAGAUCGUUUGCGAGGCGUCACCGUGGCAACCUGACUUUAAGCUGAAGCUGAUGAUGACGACUGCCCUGGUUACAAUAGCACCAGUGCGAGUUUGUUGGUAACACUGCUCGAUCGGCGGGAGGCGUACGCGUUUGAACCGAAAGGCCGACUGCUAACGUGACCAAAUGUAAAGUGUUUCUGUUUUGUCUCCUUUCUUCCUUUUUUGAUUGACCAUGUUACGCGCGUCUCGAUGUUUUGAGCUUCUGGGAGGAAUAGGCUGUCGUCAGCAGUCGUCGCCCCGCGUGAUAGAGGCCCCGCUUGGCAACGUCAGCAAGCGGUUCACCAAGCUUGCAUAACAGAGGCCGACACCUUCCUCGAUUACAGAAGUGAUCUAACUGCCUUUCUUUUACAGAUGUACCAUCUGCUCCGCAAUGUAGAUCUAGUACGCUCAGGUUAAACAGAUCGUUAUUAAGGCAGUAGAACUAGCUUCCCCUUUUCGACGACUCCUCUUUAAUCUUGGUCCUAUAGCUUCAGCGCGCCGUAGUCAGAAUCAACUUGAUCAAUACUUAAGCGACGAAACUACUUUGCUUCUGCAACGUGCCUCUUUAUUACUAAGUGACAAAAUGCAGGUGCCUCGUCACUCCUUAUAGAGCGGCGGUUGGCGUGGCUCUAAAUUACCCGCUUAACAAUAUGGUAAAGCGGGUGGUAGAACACCGUGGAACUCACGUGCCUCACGUGGAGACGGGCCGUCUGGUUCAUAAUGAGCAACAAGCACCUCGGCCCAUGGCCGAGGAGGGCGAGUACUGAAGAGCACACUGGUGAUACACUUUCAAUGUUGAGUACCUGGUGAUGUGAGUGGCUCGCUCUUCACUGUGCUCACCAAGAGACCGCAAACUGUCGAAGAGCGAAUAACAUCUCUAGUGAGCAUUGGAUCCUUAAGAACCUUUACGUUGUUCAUAGGGCCCGAAUGUUUGUAAGAGCAGUGCCUACAGCGCUGUUCCGUGUGUGACCCAAACAUAUCACAGGUCAUCGUCGAUGGUAUUUCAUCGUGGUCAUCGUGCGUGUCACCUACGCGCCUCUUGACCUCGGAAGCCAAAAGAUUUCGCAGUCGCUGGCAUGUUUUCGAAUCACAUGGCAGAGUAAACUGUGAAACGAGCAAGGUAACGCAUGAGAAAAAAAAAUGCCGAUCUCCUUAAAGAUCAACAACCUCUGUCGCAAUGACCACAAAUCUAUGUAAAAAAAAAAAAAAAACAGAUCGCGCUACAGGGUGUUUUUGACCAUUCAUUACGGUGCGUAACUCACGUAAGAUGUUUACAGUAUUGAUGUCAUUUACACCCUCUUCAAAGAGGGCUUCCUUUGGGGGCUCCAAGCAGAGUCACCAAAGCGAAGUUUUAAAGUCUAGCGAGCACUUUGUUUCGUUUGAAUGUUUCCUAUUCGCCUCAGCACCGCGUUGCAUCAAGUUCGCUCGAGUUAUCGAAGAAAGUUGUGCGCCGAACAACUAUGUAUGUAGUCCUCAUAUGAAACAGUUUCUGGGAGAUUGGACACAUCUUGUUUGUUGCAUAAAGAGGACAGGUGUUGGUUCAAGGGUCUUAUCCGCAUUCGAUGGGUCCCUUAUAAAGCUACCGUUCAUCUAUACAAUGGCCCAUAAUAAGCUCCCCUGUCGCCGAACAGACCCGUACGCGGUUGGGACUGUUUAACGUUGUCCUGCUUUCCCAAUGACGCGGAACGUUCCGAGUGCACAUAAAUAUUGCUCACUGCUCCCUGUCUGCCUGCCUUAAUAUACGAGCAACGCGAGGUCUGCACUCUUGGCUUUCCUCUGCUGUCAGCCAGUCGUAUAUAUACAUAUAUAUACACAUGUUCAAACACAAGACACACAGAUGUAUCUUACCAUGUAGCACUGUCUACGCAUUUCCUAUACUGUUUAUUACGCAGGCUCGUGUCGGCGAGUCCUGAUAACAUAUGUGCGUGUUAGCUGUGUCCCGUGUAUUCUCCUACCUUCCAUGUUUGUUUACAUCUAAUCGCAAGCGUUGCUGGACAGGCAAGACAAGGCGCCGCGCAGCUAUCGCGGCGAUGAUCUUCGUGUUAAAAUUCUUGAUAUCGAGUUAUUAAAGGGCGAAUUUACCUGAAAA